GCAGGAAGUCGUCAUCCUCCCCACUUCCUACUUCCGCAAACAAGUCCGCGCAGCUCCCCGGUCGAUGGCUUGAUAAAGACGGCGACUUUUGCCUUCGUCUCUCGCUGUGAAUGUCUCACUGAGCGUUGUCAUGGCGGCCAACAGCCGCUGCUCCGCGGCGGAGCCUGCUCCCGGGCUGGAGAGCCAGCGGCGAGAGAUCGAGUGUCUACUGCGGGACUGCGAGCUCCGCGCCGGUGACAGUUGGUUCAUGGUGGAGCAUCGCUGGUACACACAGUGGAAGGAGUUUGUGGAAAGCGGAGACCAGAACUCGUCAUGUCCCGGUCAGAUCGACAACGGCGAGCUGUUUGAGGAUGUGGUCUCGUACCACCUAAAGGAUUGUCUGGUGGAGAACGAGGACUUCGUGUUGGUCCCGGCCGAGGCGUGGCACAAGCUUCUUUCCUGGUACGGGUUGGUGGACCAGCAGCCGCCGCUGGAACGCAAGGUGGUGGACCUGCCCAGCACGCUCAAGGUGGAAGUUUACCCCGUGGAGAUCUUCCUCUGUCUCCACGGCAACAUGGAGAACGUCACCACAGCGCAGUUUAGCCGUACCGACAGCAUACAAUCGAUCCAGUCGGCUAUUUGUGGGACCUUCUCGCUGCCGUCGACGUGCGAGUGUCGCCUGUGGAUGAAAAGUUCCGACAACAACUGUGAACGUCUCAGGAACGUCCACAUGAGCGUGCUGGACGCCUGCCUGAGCUCAGGGAUGACGGUGAUCAUGGAGACGAGGAAUGCUGAUGGCACUUGGCCGAGCUCCAGACCUUUAAUUUUGAGGAACUCAGUGGAGGAGCAGGACUCGUAUCAAGGUCAGCCCGGUGUCUGCGGCCUCACAAACCUCGGCAACACCUGCUUCAUGAACUCUGCCCUGCAGUGUCUGAGCAAUACUCCUCCCUUGACCGAGUACUUCCUGCAGAGCUCCUACCUGGAGGAGCUCAAUUUCUCCAACCCGCUGGGCAUGAAAGGCGAGAUCGCCGAGGCUUACGCCGACGUCAUCAAGCAAAUGUGGUCAGGCCACCAUUACUCGGUGGUGCCGCGCGUCUUCAAGACCAAGGUGGGCCACUUUGCGUCUCAGUUCCUGGGCUACCAGCAACACGACAGUCAAGAGCUGCUUUCCUUCCUGCUGGACGGGCUGCACGAGGACCUGAACCGGGUCAAGAAUAAAGAAUACAUCGAGCUGCGAGACGCGGAAGGACGCCCGGACCAGGAAGUGGCUGAGGAGGCGUGGCGGAACCACCGACGGCGCAACUACUCUGUGAUCGUCGACACCUUCCACGGCCUCUUCAAGUCCACGCUCAUCUGUCCCCAGUGCCACAAGGUGUCCGUCACUUUCGACCCGUUCUGCUACCUGAGCAUUCCACUUCCUGUCAGCAAGGAGCGCGUCAUGGAAGUCUUCUUCAUCUCGCUCGAACCGUACGCCAAACCCAUGCAGCAUCGCGUUGUGGUUCCCAAGGCAGGAAAAGUGUCGGACCUCUGCUUGGCUCUGUCAGAGAUGACUAACGUUCCCGACACUCAGAUGGUGGUUGCCGAUGUGUUCAAACAUCGCUUUUAUAAAAUCUACACGCCAGAUGAAUCUCUGAACUGCAUCCUGGACCGGGACGACAUCUUCGUGUACGAGUGCAGCGUGCAAAGCGACCAGCAGGUGAUACUGGCGCUCUAUCUGAGGGAGCGUUCCCACUAUAGAGACUACGGCUCGGUCAACACCACGCUAUUUGGACACCCCCUGCUGCUCAGCGUGCCACGCAGCAGCUGCAGCCAAGAGGCGCUCUACCAAAUCUUCUUGCAGAGACUGGCGCGCUACGUGCGAGUGCCCAAUCCCUCUGAGGAGCUAGAGGAAGACGACGAUGAAGAGGAGCUAUACAAAAGUCAGACCAACGGCAUCAGUGACGAUGAUGAGCAAGAGGAAAUGGCGCGAGUGGGACCCUCGCAGUUGGUGGUGUGCUGCGCCGACGGGCUGGCGAACGACCACUACCAGGACCACGCCCCUCCCUCGGAGGUCCACAUGCGACCGCCCCCUCCGGUGGAGGGCGACGUCCACAAUGUGUACGCCGCCAAGCCCCUCUGCAGCAGCGACACCGGCCCGAGCGACGGCCACAUCAACGCCCGUGGCGAGGAGAGCCGGGCAGACGUCGACGAAGAGAACGAGGAGGCGGCGGCGCAAAAUGACACCGCCACGGAAGAAGACUGCAAGCGGGAGGAGGCGUGUUCUCCCAGCCUGCCAGCCGAUGAGCAAGCGGCCAAGACGAGGGCAUGUCGCAGGAAGAAGCGUCUGUUCGACAUCCAGGCGGUCAACUGCAACGGCACCGAGCGGGAGAUGGGCCCCGACGUGACCUUCAACUCACAGCCUUACGUGGCUUUGGACUGGGACGCUGAAACCAAGAAGAGAUUCUACAACGAAAACGAGGCGGAGAAAUACGUAAAGCACAGCAGCAUGGACAUUCCUCAGCAGCAGACCACCGUACAGCUGCAGGAGUGCAUUCAGCUCUUCACCACCGUGGAGACACUGGAGGAGGAAAACCCAUGGUACUGUCCCAUGUGUAAGAAGCACCAGCUGGCCACCAAGAAACUGGACCUGUGGUCUCUGCCCGAGGUCCUCAUCAUCCACCUCAAGAGGUUCUCCUACACCAAGUUCACCAGGGAGAAGCUUGACACUAUUGUAGACUUCCCCCUCAGAAAUCUGGACUUCUCCGGUUGUCUCUUGAGGAAGAAGCUGUCCAAUGGGGAGCCUCCGAGCCGCUACGACCUCAUCGCCGUGUCCAACCACUACGGAGGACUCAGAGACGGACACUACACCAGCUAUGCACGUAACAAGGACAACGGUCAGUGGUACUACUUCGACGACAGCAAAGUGACAUACGCCACAGAGGAGCAGAUCAUGACCAACGCCGCCUACGUGCUCUUCUACCAUCGGCAAGACAAGAUGAGGAAACCUUCUCUGUCCGCGACCUCCGCAAACUCGACCUCGUCCCCGCGGCCCUCCGAGGCAGACGCUGGCGCCGCCUCUGUCACGCCGCCGUGCGCCGACGCCGCCUCCGCCUUCGCUGAGCUCACCAUGGAGACGGACUGAACGACCGAUGGGUUUAGCGGGUAAAUUCGCCUUUAUUUUCUUUGAUGGUUUUUAAAGAUUACCAGCGACAGUUGUACACCUCCCAAUCUGUAAUUGAACUCUUUGAUAGGCUAAAAACAACCAUGAUAAUCUAUUCAUUCAGAGAAGGUAAAUUGUGUUGGAUGAUAGAAAUGUCUUAAUUCAGAGACAAUAAUUUGAUUGGACCAAGUGAAUCUAUGAAUUGAGACUUAUCUGAUUGGAUGAUGGAAAUCUAUAAAUUCUGAAACUAUUAUGGUUGGAAAAAAACAAAUAUAUGAAUUCAGACUAAUUUGAUGAGAUACCCCAAAAAAAUACAAAUUCAGAGACACUAAUCAGAUUGGAUGAUAGAAAUCUGUCAUGUCUUGUAACUGUUCUCAUGACAUGCUGCUUGACCUCUUGGCCAGGUCAUCAUUGUGAAACAGUUCAUGAUCCCAAUGGGUUUGACCUGGUUAAAUAAUGGAGGGGCGGGGGGGGGGGGGGUCCUAACAGUUCAGAUUAAGCAAUUAAUCCAUCCUUUGUCCAAUCAGGUAUGUCUCUGAAUUCCUGUUUUCUUGGUCCAAUCAGAUUAGUCUCUUAAUUCAGGUUUUUUUCAUCCUGACAAAAAAAAAAAAAAAAAAAAGAUUUCAGAGACAAAUGUGAUUGGAUGGAUGGACAUGUGAAUCAGAGUCUUUACCUAAUUCGACACACGACUCAGAUUUGAACCUGUCAACUUUGAUUUGUAUCUUUCAUAUUGCCAUAUUUGUACAUCUUUUUUUUGUAUAUUUUGCUUGUUGUUCUAUUUAUUGGGCGUCACAUGACCGAGUGAGGCCGUGGAGGCGCUUCUUUAUCCCCCUGCCACCAAAUGUUUGAUCGACAGCUAUGAUGCUGUACAGUAUUUUUCUAACAGAGCUUCUUUUUAUGGAAACUGGUUGGGCUUUCUUUGGUCUUCCUGUUUGUCAAAUUUUCAAAGAUUUUAUAAGACUUUUGAAAUAAAAGGACACCUUGUCUA